CUCCCACUAGAUGACAUGACAUCUCUGACUAUCUGAAAACCCUUUCUCCUUGUCCAUGUGACUCUUCUCUCCAGAACCAUCAACAUGAUCAAGCUUCUCAUACAUGUAGCAACUCUACCACUAUGGGUGACAGGGCUGUCACAAACAGACAAAGUUCACCAGACUCCUACUGCAAUACUAAAAGGACCUGAAGACAAAGUUAAUCUCACCUGCAGCCACACUGAUUCAAAUUACUACACGGUACUGUGGUACCAACAGUCAGCCCAAAACACUGGUCUGAAACUCAUUGGGUAUGUGAGAUACACCAGUCCAACGGUGGAAGAUUCCUUUAAAGGGCGUUUUGAUGUCAGUGGAGAUGCUGCAGCUAAUAAAAUGGUGUAUCUACAUUUUCCCAAAGUGACAGAAGCUGAAGACAGUGCAGUGUAUUUCUGUGCUGCUAGUCUUGUUGAGGGGAGUGAAGUCACUCAGACACCCACCAUACUCUGGGAACCCAAAGAAAGUGAUGCUCUGAUGAACUGCAGUCAUACUAAGGGAUCUGGCUACUUCCAGAUGUACUGGUACAGACAGCUUCCAGGAGAGGGAAUGAAGCAAGUCGUCUUCAUUACUCCCAGUUCUCAACCUGACUAUUCAGGGGAAUUCAGUAAAGACAAAUUCUCAGCCAGAAAGGCUGUAGCUGAGAGUGGAUCUUUCACAGUGAAGAAGUUGGAGACAGGAGACAGUGGAAUGUACUUCUGUGCUGUGAGUCAACACAGUGAUACAGACAACAAGUACAGCUGCACAAAACCCCCAGUAUUUCAAUAG